AUGGCGAUUAAAAAUGAGGCAAAACUCCUUGGAGAGCAACAAAAACUGAAAGCAAAAAGAACAGUGGCUUACCGGAGAAUGUCAGACUGGUGUGGGGAUCACCGAAGUCAAACAACGAUUGCAAAAGUGGCGGAACGGCGAAAACCUCAUCGGAGGAGACGAAUGAAAACGGUUAUAGAGCUUGUAAGAAUGGAACAAUGGCGUAUUCAGAAGUUAGAGAGAAUUGAGAGCUUGGGGAUACAAAACUAUACUUACUCGGGAGAAGCAAGUGAAGAGUUUGACAGGGAUGAUAAUACUUUGACACUCAUAAAACCAUCUCCUAUGCCUUCAAAGGAUAUUCGAAGUCCACUUGAAGUCGGAUCAGUACAUGGUGGAAACAACGGGGGUAAAUUCCCUUCUCUACUCUUCCCAAUUGAGGUAAAAAACAUCCACAAAGCCAAGCAUGGAAGUGACUCUGGUGUCUAUGACACAGAAGGAAGGUUUGUUCCUUCAAAGUUUGAGGAGAUUUUCAGCAAGCACGCACGUAAAAAUGCAAAUGCCUUAACAUCAGAUGAAUUAAUGGGAAUGCAAAAGGCAAACAGGGUCCCAAAGGACCACAAAGGAUGGCUUGCAAGCUAUACGGAGUGGAAGAUCUUAUAUGUCCUUUGCAAGGACAAGAAUGGUUUACUGCAAAAAGAGACAAUCCGAGCCGUUUAUGAUGGAAGCCUGUUUGAACAGAUGGCAAAGGAGAAAGCUUCAUCUAGGAAACAAGCGUGAAUUAACCAAAACCUAGUGAUAAUUGACUCCUUGCUUCAAAUUUCAUACUUUUUUUAUUUUAUUUUAUUCCUGUGUAGUUUGAUAUAAAAAAAUAAAUGGUUAAUUUAUCUGUUCUGUUGGUUCUGCAGCUUGGAUGGUCUUGAUUGUAGGCCUAUAUAUUCUAGUUUGCAUGGAGUGUGUAAAAUAGUGUUUUUUUUUUUGCUGUUAAUCAAGGGAAAUCAUACAUUAAUGAUAGUUGAAGCAUUUUUUUGUAUAUUUAAAGGAAA